UCAAUGGGCGUGCGCGGUGGAUCUCCUAGCUCGCUGUGGCCGCCUGGACGAGGCCCGCGAGCUCCUCCUCGCCAUGCCCUUCGUCCCGGGCGACGCCGCGCGCACUGCCCUGCUUGGCGCGUGGGCGCGAUCUUAACCUAAUCCUAGAAGCAUAUUCCUUGCUCGAAAUAAGCAUAUUCUAUGCUUCACAAUGUAUUUAAGGUUCUCGAACCUUCAGAAGAGAAGGAUUAUAGGGUAAUGGCGUGCUUCGGCUUCUCGCUCGUUCGAUCGAUGCUACGCCGGCUGGAGAAGCGCUGCCGGAGCUUGGGAUUGAUCGAAAAGACGUUCCCCUUGCGCGAUUCCGUCACGGUAAUGCGCUGCUGGGUGCCCGAUCGCGCGAGCCCGGGCUACGAUCCCUCCAAGCCGCCGCUCAUGCUCAUCCACGGCUUCGCGGCCAACGGGAUCGCCGGGUGGGAGCAUCAGCUGCCCGAUCUGUCCCGAAAUUUCGCGCUCUACGUGCCCGAUCUCGUCUUCUUUGGCGGAUCGACCACCAGCGACGAGCGCGCGCGGUCCGAGUUCUUCCAGGCUCGCUGUAUGCUCGAAAUCCUCGAGGCGGAGGGCGUCGACGGGGCGGCGGUGGCGGGGACGAGCUACGGCGGAUUCGUGGCAUUCCGGAUGGCGGAGCUGGAUCCGGCGCGCGUGAAGAGGGUAGUGAUCGCGAGCUCGGGCGUUUGCAUGGAUCCCCACAGCAACGAUGCGAUCCUCGACGCGUUCCAGGCCAGGCACAUUCACGAGGUUCUCAUGCCCAGCUCCAUCGCGGUCCAGAAGAAAAGCAUCCAGCUUUGCCUCUAUAAGCGCUUGUGGCUCCCAGAUUUCUUCGUCCGGGAUCUCAUGGAGGUGUAUGGCGGCAACAGGAAGGAGAGGAUUGAGCUCCUCGACGGCCUGGUCAUCGGCACCGAAGCCGCGCAGCCGCUGCCAAAGCUCUCACAGGAGGUCUUGAUUCUCGUGGGAUCGCACGACCGGAUCUUCGAUCUGGAGCUCGCCAAACAGCUAAAAGCACAUUUAGGUGAGAAUGCGAUGCUGGUUGUGAUUGAAAAGACAGGACACGUUCCACAAGUGGAAAGGCCCAAGGAAUUCAACAAGCACCUACAAGCCUUUCUCAUUCUCACUUCACCGGUGGGUCAACCUCGUUGACAAAAGGACGAAAGACGC